AUGGUGGCAAAUUUUGGCAUCAUCACCAGUGGACCAACUUGUUGUGAAAACACAUUGUGCAAUACCCUCACAACAACAACUAUUGCUCAAACAACAACAAGCACUUCUGCUGACACUCCAACUCCAACAACCCCAUCCACAACCACUACUCCAAAAACAACUAUGGCUUCCCCAACAACUGCGUCACCAACAGUUAAGACUACAACUGCUGCCCCAACAACUACAACUUCUGUCCCUACAACCACAACUACUGCACCUACGACUACAACUGCUGCCCCGACAACCACAACUGCUGCACCUACGACUACAACUGCUGCCCCGAUAACCACAACUGCUGCACCAACAACCACAACUGCAGCCUCAACAACCACAAUUGCUGCCCCAACAACCACAACUGCUGCACCUACAACUACAACUUCAGUCCCAACAACAACAACUGCAGACUCAACAACCACAACUGCUGCAUCUACAACUGCUGCAUCUACAACUACAACUUCAGGCCCAACAACAACAACUGCUGCACCUACAACUACAACUUCUGUCCCAACAACAACAACUGCAGCCUCAACAACCACAACUGCUUCACCUACAACUACAACUUCAGGCCCAACAACAACAACUGCAGCCUCAACAACCACAACUGCUGCAUCUACAACUACGACUUCAGGCCCAAAAACAACAACUGCAGCAUCAACAACCACAA